AUGGAAAGCGAUAUGCGAGCAGACCGACGGGUUCAUUUUGAAUCUCUCACGUACAAUAUUGAGCAAUACGAAAGCACUCAAUACGAACUCCACACCUUUGUUGACGCAUCGGCAAGAGCUUAUGCGACCGUUGCAUACCUGCGCUUAAUAAGCCAUCAAGGGAAAAUCACAAGCGCAAUUGUAAUGGCCCGACAGCGUUUAGCACCGAUUCAUGCGAAAACAAUGACAAUUCCACGGUUAGAACUCUUGGCACUUCUCAUAGGACGAUUCACAGGUAGCUCUACAUUGGAUACAAUCCCAAACGAAAAACGGAGUAUUCGUGGACAAUCGUUGCACGGAAAUCAGAGGAAAAAUACAAUCAUGCCCAAAGACGAGGAGUUGCCAGAAAGAGAAGUUCAGGCGAACUCAACGAUAUUCAUUAACACUUCACUCAAGCAAUUUUCCUCCGCUUUAUUGACGAAAUUUUCCAACCUUAAAACUUUACGGCACACAACAGUCAUUAUUUUGACAUUUCUCAAACUCCAGCUUUACGACAAAUUUCCUAAAGAUACCCAAGAUAUCCUAGCCACCAAAUUACCGGAAGUAACGAAAAUUACUGUGACCAUACCUGUAACACUCCUUCAAGCUCAAGCUAUAGAAAUAGCAGACCAACUUCUCGUCAAACUCAUGCAACGCUCAUUGACAAGAGACGAUCGACGCAAGUGGGACCACUUAGGAUUGCACAAAGACGAAAACGAUCUCCUUCGGUGCCGAGGUCGUUUAAAAGCUAAAUACCUCACGAGAGACAUUCGAGAACCAAUUCUCCUUCUCCCAGACCAACAGUUAAUUACUCUCAUAAUCCAACACACUCACGAACGCUGCGGCCACCAAAGCGGGAGACAAAUAGUACGGAAAUGCUUGCAAAGAUGCCUUUCAUGCAAGCGAUGGAAUGGCAAACCAUACUACCAUGCAUCCUUUCCACCGCUGCCGUCUGCACGGGUACAACCAACGAGACCCUUUUCUUACAUUGGCAUAGACCUGGCCGGUCCCUAUAAAGUAACCGAUUCUGGAAACAACAAAAACAAACGAUGGAUAUGCCUCAAAACUUGCAUGACUACACGAGCGGUUUAUCUGGAAGUAGUCAAUGACUUGACUGCACUCCAGCUAAUCCACGUCCUGCGACGAUUCAUUUCCCGUCGAGGACGACCCCAACUCAUUAUCUCUGAUAACGCAACAAAUUUUAAUUCGCCAACGAUAUUAUAA